UAGUUGACAUUUGUUUUGAUAUAUAUUAGCAGUAGGUUAUUUCGUUUUCUGUUCAACUAGAUGAUGUUGAAUAUUCUUGGAUGGUUACCUGCUUCAGUUCCCAUCUUAGACCUCCACAAUGAUGAGACCUUCGAUGUGUUCAUGUGAUUUGAUGGAUAUAAGUUCCAUUCGGAACAAAUCGUUGGUACCACAUUUAUGUCCUUUUCACACGUGGUUUCAUUUCUUUACAAAAAUGAUACCAUGAUGCCAUUACAUCUAACAAUAAGCGAAGUUUCAUCCAGUAAUGCUGCUAGUUCUUUGUCUCACCAUUUCCAUGUACAAAUCGUCUAUUACUUUCUACUUAAGAGUUUGAAACUGAUAGUUUCCUUUUUCUUUCCUUUUGGUAUGCGUGUUGGUGCAGGAAAUGCCAUUGCACUAGGGUUGUUCUUGUCCCCAGUGCCAACUUUCAUGAGAAUACGGAAGAAGGGUUCGGUGGAGGAAUUCUCACCAUUCCCAUACCUAGCCACCCUCCUCAACUGCAUGAUGUGGGUGGUGUAUGGGCUGCCCAUGGUGCACCCCCAUAGCAUCCUGGUCAUAACCAUUAAUGGGUCAGGAGUUAUCAUAGAGCUCUCCUUCGUGCUUUUCUUCCUCCUCUACUCCCAGGGGAGGAAGAGAUUCUUGGUGCUUGCGAUGCUGCUCGCUGAGAUCGCCGUCGUCGGCAUCGUCACCCUGCUUGUACUGACACUUGCCCACACAUAUGACCGUCGCUCCUUGAUCGUUGGCGUUGUCUGCGUCUUCUUGUGUGCCAUGAUGUAUGCUUCUCCCUUAUCCGUCAUGAAAAUGGUGAUUCAGACAAGGAGCGUGGAAUUCAUGCCUCUCUUUCUCUCGCUGGCCUCUUUCUUCAACGGCACUUGCUGGACAGCCUAUGCUCUCAUCCGUUUCGACCCAUACAUCAUUAUUCCAAAUGCCCUUGGAGUAAUCUUUGCGGUGGCACAAUUGAUAUUGCAUGUGGUGUACCGCAAGUCCACCAAGGAACAGUUAGAGGCGAAGAAGGCGGCCCCGGCAGCAGAUAUGGGAUUGGCCGAGGUGGUGGUGGUGAAAGAAGAGACAAGCAAGAUGAGCAAUGCAUCUUCUAAUGGCUUCUAAUUUUUUUUUUUGAUGUAACUAAUGGCUACUUAUUAGGUGAAAUAUGUGAGAUGUCAUAAGGGCUUUACGCCUUUGUAAUGGUAUAAACCCCGUCCCGAAGGGAUUAGGGAUAUUUCCUCUUCCUAAUUUCAACAUCGGUCGCAAGCGCCAUGUUAGACUUGGCAUCCAUGUUUGGAAAGUCGUGCAAAAUUUCAUGUAUGCUUUUUAUCUUUCAUCAAAAAAAUUGUAUGUUCUUCAUUUUCCAG